AAGGCAGUAAUCGUCAUCACCAUCGCCACCGCUGGAAUUUCAAAUCACACACUCGUUCUCUUUUCCGAUUUCCCCUUUUCAUUUUAACUAUUAAAAAGUGUACAUAAAAAAAAUAGAAAUCUAACCUAAAUGAUGUAUCUCAAUCCCUAGAACAUCAUAAAGUGACCCGGCGUUGUUGAAACACGAGGCGAUGAUGUUCUCUCUACGGUGGUAGCGCAGUUAGCGGUGUUGACGGUAUCUCAUACGAUUACAAAGGCAUAAAAAUACAUUGUAGACAAACGCCAAUUCCGACAAUCCCAGUCGGUUGGUCAUCAUGGUUGCCGGGUGACCGCUUCUCGGAUCUCAAGUUGUUCUUAUUACUCUUUAAAUCACAAGAUCUUGGUGUUCCUGUUUUCUUACCAUUGCUGCUAUUUCUCGGCUGUUGUUGCUGCUACUUCCUCUUGCCUCUGUUUCUACUCUACUGUUGCUGCUUCCGUUUCUACACAACUACUAUUGCUGUUUUGCUUCAUAUCAUUUUAAAAUUCAAGAUUCAAGAAGGGAACAAUGAGUAAGAGAGCAAGUGCAUCGGAAUCUCCAAAAGGGGAUGGUCAAAAUUCUACAACUACAUUGCCAUCAUACACUCUGGAACAACUCAAUUUGUUUACCGAAAAUUUCGAUGACAGUAAGCGAAAAGGUUCUGGUUCAUCCGCAAUUGUCUAUCAAGGCAUUGAUGAUGGAAAACCAAUAGCACUCAAGCGUUACAGAGCAGGUGCAGAACAUUUGCCAGCUCAAUAUAGUGUCGAGAAAGCUUUUUACAGCUCCUACCAACACCCAAAUAUUAUCAAGGCCUUUGGAGUUUGUGAAGAAAAUGACAAGGAGCCGUGCUUCAUUCUGGAAUAUGCACCGAAAGUUUUAGACAAUGAACACAAAAGUAAUCUUCUUACAAACUUGUUUCUUUUUAAAUAG